AUGACCAAGGUUCUUCCAUAUGAUGCUUUCAACAUGUGCAAGGCAAGAGCAGGUCUCAUGACACUUCAUGAAGCAGUGCAGCAGUUUGAGGAGAAUGAGGAGUAUGAGGAGAAGCAGCAUGGGCUGCACAAAGUGCAUGCUAAGGAGAUAUUCAAUACGAGAAAUGCGAUCUGGUCAGUGACUCGUCUUGCGGGUUGGAAAACCGAGCGCGUCACCAGGCUGAUCUCGAAAUUUGACGCGGUACCCUACAACAGAACUUUAAUAACCUUCCAAGAGAAGCUACUCUACGUCCCCGUGGUUCCCGGAGCCACGCGAGAGUACCCGUUUACGCCGGAGCGCCUUCGGAUGCAUUUCGAGGACGUAUGGCUGACGGCGAAGGACGGCGUGAAGCUGCACGCGUGGCUUCUCAAGUACACCCCCGCCACUCGAGGCCCUACGGUUCUAUUUCUUCAAGAAAAUGCCGGAAACAUAGCGCAUCGCCUGGAGUCAUCACGCUACACCAUGGACCGCCUUCACUGCAACAUGCUGCUGCUCUCCUACCGCGGGUAUGGUGCGAGCGAGGGCAAGCCGACAGAGCAGGGCCUUAGAUUGGACGCGCAGGCAGCAUUGGAUCAUCUACUGGCGCGGGACGACAUAGAUGUGGACCGCAUUGUGGUGUUUGGCCGCUCGCUGGGAGGGGCGGUGGGGGCUGAUUUGGUCCACCGCAACCCCAACAAGGUGGCAGCGCUGGUGGUGGAGAACACGUUCACAUCGGUGCUGGACAUGGCGGGGGUGGUGCUGCCCGUGCUGAGCAACCUGCUCUCCACCAAGGGCGUGCGGCCUCUCAACGGGCUCGUGCGCUCGCAGUGGCGCACCAUAGACGUGAUCAGCAAGAUCGACACCCCCAUUUUGUUCCUAUCGGGAGCAAAGGACGAGCUCGUGCCGCCCACUCACAUGCGCCAGCUGUACGCGGCGGCGCAGCGGAACCCAGGUGGCAGCUCUCUAUUCGUGGAGGUGGCAGCGGGGGGGCACAUGGACACAUGGCUGCGGGGAGGGCAGCGCUACUGGCGUGUGCUGAGUCUGUUUAUAACGCAUCAUGCUGGAGGGGGUGUGGGGGGAGGCGUGGGGGAUGGGUUUGGGGAGAGGGGAGGGAAGGAGGAGCUGAUAGAGGAGUUGAGUGAGGUGGUGAGGGAAUCAGCGGGCGAGCUGACACUGAGAAGAGUGGGGGAUGGUGCCAAGAUGUGA